ACGUUCCUUUUGAUUUCAUGUCAGAAUAUCCUGAAAUUUGAACAGAAAUGCCAACUUUGACGUCAUACCUUAGCAGCUGCUAGCGUUUUAAAAAAGUGGUUAACAAGUUGAGGCAAAAAACCAAACAAACAUAAAAAAAAUCUUCAAAUUCUGACAGUAGAUGUUGUUCGGCGUUGUACCCGGUGGCACUGGAACAGUUUUUAAAGUGGGGGUGCUGUAACCCAUUAAACAACUGUAACCCUUGUAUAUGAUGGAAGCCAUGCAAAGCCAAGGGGCGCUGCCGCACCCUCAGCACCCCAAAUUCUAGCGCCCUUGGUUGUACUUCAUAAAUAAAAAUACACUACAUAGGUAAGAAUUCAUGUUUCGUAUCUCCUCUCUUAAUGUAAAUCAAGGCAUUCAAAUAAAGAUAGUGUACUGUAGAAUUAACUGCAUUUUGAUGUAGCACUGAAUCACGUCUGGUGACUGGCCAGAGAUGUAAUUCGAUAUAGUGUUUAAACUAAUCAUACACACUGUUUAAUAAAAGAACACAUAGCAGGUGCUGUAAAAUCAAUCGAGCAAAUGCCGCUUUGAAGAACGCCCCUCAAUGGAAGGGUCUGGGUCGCGCCAGUGAUGCAUUAGUAACUGCGUUCUUCUAAACGGUAAUUCACAUGUUUGAGGGUCGUCAGGUGAUGGUUCCCACCGUUCAGUCAUCUGGUUGGCUUAUCCCGGUCCCCCUGGACAAGGGGGAGGGGGAGCGGGGGUGCUCACAUUACAUAUCCUUCUUUUUACAAGAACUGACAGGAGAUCCCUUCGGAACCCCCGCCCUGACAGGGGCACUGUGCUGGAGCCGUUUAUAAGGAGCUGAAGAGCAGGACCCCAGCAAGGAACUUUUAACGUGCAGGCACCCUCCAGAGACUCGAGCAGAGAACGCACAAGACAGCGAUGAAGGGUACGGGGACUGUCAAGGCUUGUGCAUUGGCAUUGCUUCUUGUGGCCGCUUUUAUUCCUCAGUCCUGGAGCGCGCCUCAGGGUCACUUUCAGAGGAGAAACUGGACCCCGCAGGCAAUUCUUUACUUGAAGGGGGCUCAGGGACGUCGUUUCAUAUCGGAGGAAAGAAAAGAUGGAGAUUUUUAUGAGAGACUACAUUUAGCAACCAGAAGCCAAAAUACAAACCCCACGAGUCUGUCGGAUGCACUGGCGCUGCUGCUCCCCUUCAUCAGCCGGGCACGGGAGGAAGCUGAAGAAAACGCAGAGCAAUUAAAUUUGCUAGAGACCCCAAAAUGGAAAAGAGGACUCUUCUAGCCGGUUAACUUGUGUAGUGUUGUAGUUCAAAAUGAUUGUCUUUGAUUUUAUUACAUGUUUAGAAUAUUCACACGUACAGUACAACACUGUGGAUUCGUUAAUAUGGCUUGGACUGGACCAAAGCUGUGUUUCGAAUGUAAAGUCAAUUAAAAUAAGCCAUCUUUCAUCACUCCAUGCCAAACGCUGAUCAGGGAAGUCACCAUAAUUGCAGUAUUUCUAAAACGGAGACUGGAAACUCCUGUCUUUGCAUAGAAAGUCGAAA